AUGACACGACCACCAUCAACAGUUUGCAAGCUGCUUGAGCCAAGUGGGCACUGCAGGCGGCGUGCUGGCUGGCUCACAGCACCCUCCUCUACGUGUGUGACCACUGAUCGCAGCACGAACACAGCAGACACCACCACGCUUGGUGAGCUGCUACACGGCAGAUGCAAGUGGAUCAGCGGCGUGGCUGCGGACAAUAGCUACGGCAUUCCAUGCAACUCGCCAUCCAUCCUCAUCGUCGAUCCAGCCGCAAGUGCGGCGGACACAACCAUGCUUGAAUUCCACCACUGUGACGGCCUCGAUGUGUCCAUCCCACUCUUCUCCAUGGUGACAUUCAUUCAUUCACACCGGAGCAGCGACGCGGCACCAAGUGUGCUCGCUCUUGAUGCCAUGCGCAACCACCUCCCCAAGCUGCACAAUGGCAGGGACAUUGUGUUGGUGUGCGCAUGCCGGUGGUUUGCCGAAGAGCGCAUGGGCCGUGAGGGGAAGGUUGGAUAUGACCCCUCAUGUAAGCAGGCAGAGGAAGAGUUCAACAAGUACACGUACACGGCGCUGGCGCUGGAGACCAAGUUUGGGCUCAUCAUCAUGGCUGCGGGUGCCAUCCCCGUCAUUGUUGUCGAUCACUACGUGCUGCCCUACCAGGACCUGCUGGACUGGGAGACGUUCAGCAUCCGCAUUCCCGAGCACAGGCUCCUCGAGCUUCCAAGGAUCCUGCGGUCGAUCCCUGAUGAGGUGGUGGAGAUGAUGCAGAGACGCGUUGUGUUUGUGUUUGAGGAGUUCUUCAAGUCCCUCUCCACCCAAGUGCACACAGCACUGGAGUCUGCCAGGAUUAACUUGUUCAGCGGCGACAACGCGUGGCAGAGGGCCUUGAACCAGCAGCUGUCACCCCCACCCCCUCCCUCCACCAACCACCACUGCUCUGGUGGGAUGAACAGACGGGCGCUGCCAUGCAAUGACCAUCCAGCCACCCUUCCAUCACAACAACAACAACAGCAGCAGCAGCCAACACACCCUCCACCGCCGAUGCAGCAGCAGCAGAGGAUGCACCACCACCAUCACUUGCAGCUGAACACAUUCCCCAGCCAACCAAACCAACCAACCAACCAACCCAUCGCCCGCCGCUGCUGGCAGAAGCUGGCUGUUUACAGCUGGGAACAGGUGGCGACAGCACAAGUUGCAUUUUCGGCGGGAAGCAGCAGCAGCAGGUGA